AUGAAAAGCAAGCCAAUUCAGAAUCUGCCUAGUCGGAACAAGUUGCAGCUGACACCGGCAUUGCUUCGACGACGCGUCGGCAACAGGAAUGAGGUACUCUUCAUCUGCCCGAUCCUGACGAUUGCAUAUUCACACCACUUAGCACCAUCAACUUCCCAUCGGCCAGCCCGCCCACCCUCUUUCGCAACGCUUCAUCAUCUACGUGCUCUUUCCGGACACGUCGGUCUCGGCCGGAGACGACUUAUCUCCUCCUCUUGUUUCUACCGUCCAGUGAAAGCCUUCGCAUGGGCUUGCCUCGGCACUCGGCUCGGCUUCACUGUGAUCACCGGUGUUCACACACACACACACACACACACUCUCUCUCUCUCUCUUUUACAUACAUUCACACGCAUACCGACAAUCCUAACCGGUAAACAAUACACUUACAGUCCCAGUGUAGAUAGUCCCCAAAGGACGACCAGUUGA